AUGAGCACCACGAUGACUGAGACUGUGCGCGCGCGCAUUGUGCGCGCCCAGGCCCGGGAGAACACGCCCGUGUCCGAGCAGGCCAUGCCCACGCGCGAGACGCUGUCCCGCACACUCGAUAACUCGGCCAAUGGCGCCCGUCUCCCUGCGGCGCGUGCGCCUACCCUGUCUCUACGCGGGCGCCACAACGCAGCUGCUGCCCACCCGGCUCUGACUACGCCGGUUUUCGACACUGAGCUCCACGCGCUCGUGGACCAGAUCGUGGCUGCUCGCACUGAAGGUGUGCUCGACGCUGCGGCGGGUGUCCACGAUGAGAGCGCAUUCUUUGCUGCCGACCUGUCGGCCGUGUACGAGGCGGUCGACAUGUGGCGCCGCUCGCCGAUGGGAGAGCGCGUGGAUAUCUUCUACGCGGUCAAGUGCAACCCCUCCCCGAUGGUGCUGCACCUCCUCUCGCUUCUCGGCACCAACUUUGACUGCGCGAGCGCAGCGGAGAUCGCCGCCGUCAUGUCCCUGCCUUCGGCUCCCUCGCCUGACCGCAUCAUCUUUGCCAACCCGUGCAAGCCGCCGAGCCACAUUCGCGCGGCGCACAACACUGGCGUUGAAACCAUGACCUUUGACAAUGCCGACGAGCUGCACAAAAUCAAGCGCAUCCAACCGAAUGCCAAGCUCGUAUUGCGCAUCCUCACCGAUGACUCCAAGUCGCUGUGCCGUCUUGGUCUCAAGUUCGGCGCUCCCCUCGACGCCUGCCCUGGGCUCCUGAAGCUCGCGCGUCAGCUGGGCCUCAACGUCGUCGGUGUCAGCUUCCAUGUCGGCUCGGGCUGCAAGGAGCCCGACCAGUUCGCGGACGCCAUCUGGCGUGCGCGCAAGGUCUUCGACAUGGGCAAGGAGGCUGGUUAUGACUUUGAGGUCCUCGAUAUUGGCGGCGGUUUUGAGCGCGAGACUUUCGCGCAGAUGAGCCAGGUCGUCGCGGACAACCUUAACCUCUACUUCCCAGCAGAGGAGGGCGUGCGUGUCAUUGCCGAGCCCGGGCGUCUCCUCGUCUCGAGCGCGUUCACUCUGGCGACGAGCAUCAUUGCUCGCCGCCGCGCGCUCGAGGGUGCCACCCACACCCAUGACCCUGAGGCCGGAGAGGGUGCCGACGUUAUGUACUACAUCAACGACGGCGUGUACGGCUCGUUCAACUGCAUCUUGUUCGACCACCAGAUCGUCCACCCGUACCCUCUCACUCUUGGCGGCGAGGCCGCGAACCCAGCCGCGCGUCCUGCAUUCCCCCCGCCACCCAACGUCGAGCUCCCUUCCGACCUCACCGUCCAGCUCGGCUACAACCAGACUGAGCGUGCCAGUGUGUGGGGCCCGACUUGCGACUCCAUCGACUGCGUGCGCCAAAUCGUCCAUCUCCCGCGAGGCACCGACGUUGGUGACUGGCUCGGCUGGGGCGAGAUGGGUGCCUACACCCUCUGCGCAGCCAGCACUUUCAACGGUUUCGACCGAUCCCCUGUCCACUGGACCACCGGUGGCACCAGCCCCAACGCACGCAAGGUGCGCGCCGUGCUUGACCAGUUUGGCGCAAAGUAG